ACUCCACUUCUGUUCUGGAGGAAAGUUUAUCGUGAAGGAGAUGGAACAUGAACCGGAAGUGUUACCGACCCUGCCGCUACGUGUCAAAGAUCUUAAAUUGUGUAGCUCAAUCAGUGACUAUCUGUGUAUUAUUGACCCUGAACAAUGUUUUUACAACGUACAUUUUUAUGAAACAUUACAGAGAGACAAGUAAUCAUGCCUGCGAGGGGUUAUGAUUUUAUUUGUUCUAGUUCUCUAUUGUUUGCAAACGUGUACAUUUACGUGAAAAUGUACGUAAAUGUGUUCAUUGACAACUGUUUUAGUUAUGUUCACUAUCACUGCACAAUUAUGAAAUGUGAUUUCAGAGCAACUUUCAGAGACGCGAGGCCGGUUUUGAUACCCGGUAUUUCUGUCAGAGUGAGAGCUCUCGUUUAUCCAUCAUCUGGGAUGACCUCCAGAUAUCUCCUCCUCAGCGUUAUCAGUGAUGGCCGAUCCAUUCAUUGACCAUCACCGGGUGCAAAUGAGAUAACAGUGAGACAGAAGUUGAAUUGUUGGAGCUGGUGGUGUAAUGCAGUCACCCCUGGACGAUGUUCUCCUCGGUCAGCAGCUCACUUUGUUAACGCUUCUGUCUGACAUAUGUGUGACAAACAAACCUCUAACGCCACCUUACCAGCUGUUCGUUGAAGCUCUCCUGUAAGGUAGCUGUGCUGGAGAAGAAAUAUCCAGCAAUUGGUUGAACGCCAUGGCCCCACACCCGGUGGUCCAGGCCAUCAUUGACCUCUCGGCAGGAGCCGUAGGGGGAGCAGCAUGCGUCUUUAGCGGGCAGCCUCUGGACACGGCUAAGGUCAAGAUGCAGACUUUCCCCACGCUGUACAAGGGUUUCAUCGACUGCAUCACGUCCACCUACAACCAGGUGGGUCUGCGCGGCCUCUACCAGGGCACCACGCCGGCACUCGUGGCCAACAUCGCAGAGAACUCUGUGCUCUUCAUGAGCUACGGCUUCUGCCAGCAGGUCAUCCGCUUCACGUCUGGACUGCACAGUGAAGCCGUGCUGAGUGACGUGCAGAAAGCCUGCGCGGGGUCAGUAGCGUCCAUCUUCUCCUCGCUCGUACUCUGCCCCACUGAGCUCGUCAAGUGUCGCCUGCAAGCCAUGUAUGAAAUGGAGGCGUCAGGCAAGAUUGCCAAGAGCCAGAACACAGUGUGGUCGGUGGUGAAAUCCAUUAUGAGGACUGAGGGAGCGACGGGCUUUUUCCAGGGUCUGACCCCGACUAUAGCCAGAGAGGUCCCGGGUUACUUCUGCUUCUUCGGUGCCUACGAGCUCUGCCGCACAACCUUCGCCGACUACAUGAAAUGUGACAAAGAGGACAUAGGUGUGGCUCCCAUAGUGUUCAGCGGAGGAUUGGGAGGGGCGUGCCUGUGGCUGGUGGUCUAUCCCAUGGACUGCGUCAAGUCUCGGAUCCAGGUCAUGUCUAUGACGGGCAAGCAGGCGGGGUUUUUCAAAACCUUCACGACGAUCGCACGGACCGAAGGUGUGAGGGCUCUCUACUCCGGUCUGACCCCCACCAUGAUCCGCACCUUCCCCGCCAACGGGGCUCUUUUCCUGGGUUAUGAAGUCAGCAGGAAGCUCAUGAUGAAGCAGUUUGACAGCUAAAGUAUGCUGACCACUAACUGUGAACUGGAAGAGACGCAUUACAGCCACAUAAGAUCGUCAGAACUCCAGUUGAAGCUUUUUAUGAACAUGCUGUGUUUCUCUUUGCUGCUUUUGAUAAAGUGACUCUGAAAGUGCCGCACUCCUUCUCAUUUCAAGCUACAAAGAAAACUGUUUCAACAGAGUAAAAGGUGAAUGGACUUGAGCAGCGCUUUUACACAGCAGGUCACACCUACUCAUUCACACACUGAUGGCAGACGGUCGCUAAGUAGUGAGACCAUCAGAUAAAUACAUAACCUCAUUCGUACACAUUCAAACACCGCUGACGAAGCACCAGGAGGAAUUAAGUGUCUCGCCCAGGGACACAUCAGAUAUGUUGCUGCAAGAGCUGGGGAUCGAACCCUCGCCUCUCCGGUUGAGAGAUGACGAAUCUACCAACUGAGCCACAGCUGAGUAUUAACAUCAUUUCAAUCCUUAUCAUGAUUUACUUUUAUAGAUUUGCUGUUUCUUUUAACACUCCAGAAAGACAAGAUAGCAUAGUGUUGACAAAAUCUUAGCUAACCUUUUUUUUUUUUAAGGAUUUCUCAAGACUUGAGUGAAUUAUUUCAUGUCUACCUCAACAAAAUCAUUCUCAG